AUGUUUGAAGCUUUGUGUAAUCACAUAAAAUAUAGUACGAAUAAAGGCAAUUUAAGGUCGGCAAUUACAAUAUUCCCCCAAAGAACUGAUGGAAAGCAUGAUUUCCGUAUAUGGAAUUCUCAGUUGAUAUCAUAUGCUGGAUAUAAAAAUAUAGAUGGAUCUAUUACAGGUGAUCCAAUAAAUAUUGAGAUUACUGAAGUAUGCAUGAAAUUGGGUUGGAAGGGUCCGAGAGGAGAAUUUGACAUUUUACCAUUAGUCUUGUCAACAAAUGGACAUGAUCCAGAAAUGUUCGUUUACCCACCCGACCUGAUCGUUGAAGUUCCACUUACUCACCCAAAGUACAAAUGGUUUGAAGACAUGAAUCUGAAGUGGUAUGCAGAUAGCUGUUUCAAGUAUGCUCUUUGACUGUGGAGGACUUGUUUUUCCAGCAUGUGCAUUUUCCGGUUGGUACAUGUCAACUGAAAUUGCAUGCCGUGAUUUAUGUGACAGUAAUAGAAGAAAUCUAAUUGAGACGUUUGCAAUCAAAAUGGGUUUGGAUGUACGAAAUCCGAGUUCAUUAUGGAAAGAUAGAGCACUUGUGGAAGUUAAUAUUGCAGUUCUACACUCAUAUCAGAAGCACAAUAUUACCAUUGUCGAUCAUCAUACAGCCAGUGAGAGUUUUAUGAAACAUUAUGAGAAUGAAUGUAAAGUACGUGGUGGAUGUCCAGCAGAUUGGGUUUGGAUUGUGCCGCCCAUGUCAGGAUCUAUAAUGCAAGUUUUUCAUCAAGAAAUGGCAACAUAUUAUCUUCGGCCAUCCUUUGAGUAUCAGGAAUCAGCAAUGAAAACACAUGUCUGGGAGAAGGAGAGGGAAUCUUCUGAGAACAGAAAGCCACGAAGGAAAUUCCAUUUCAAGCAGAUUGCAAGAGCUGUGAAGUUCACAAGUAAAUUAUUUGGCCGUGCAUUAAGUAGAAGAAUUAAGGCAACAGUAUUAUAUGCAACAGAGACUGGAAAAUCGGAAGAGUAUGCAAAGCAACUAGUUGAAAUGCUUAGUCAUGCUUUUAAUGCACAAAUUUUCAAUAUGGCAGAGUAUGACAUAAGUUCAAUAGAGCACGAAGCCUUAUUAUUAAUUGUCGCAUCAACAUUUGGCAAUGGAGAUCCACCCGAGAAUGGAGAGCAAUUUGCAGAAGGUCUUUAUUCAAUGAAGCUCCACGAUGGCGAAUCGGAAGUUAACAAUUCAAACAUUGCCACAUCAUCAAAAUCAUUCAUUAAAGUCAACUCACGAACAGAUCGAAAAAAGAGUGCACCGAAAAUCGACAGAUUGGAUUCAUUGCGCGGUUCAUGUUCUGACUCUCUAUUUAACGAGACAUUUGGUCCUUUAAGCAACGUGAGAUUUGCAGUAUUCGCUCUUGGAUCAUCGGCAUAUCCAAACUUCUGUUCGUUUGGGAAAUUCGUAGAUAACUUAUUGGGUGAAUUGGGUGGAGAAAGGCUAAUGAAAAUUGUUCUCGGAGAUGAUUUGUGUGGACAAGAGCAUGAAUUCCGAAACUGGGCAUGUAAUGUUUUUAAAAAGUCAUGUGAAGCUUUUUGUCUUGAAUCAAAUGAAAUAUCUGAGGCAUCAAUGAGCUUAAAGGGAGUAUCAUUUACCAAAGAAAAUACGCGAUUUCAAGUUGUUAAGGAUUCAAAUAUGGAUUUAAAUAUUCUGUUGAGUAAAUACCACAACAAAAAGGUUCAUUCAUGUAAAGUAAAGAGCAAACCGACAAAUUUACAUUGUUUGGCUGAGAAGAAUACAAUUCUUGUGGAAAUUUCUAUAGAUGGUCUGUUAAAUUACAAGCCUGGCGACCAUGUAGGUGUUUUCCCUAAAAAUCGUACAGAACUCGUUGAUGGAAUUCUUGAAAGACUUACAGGAGUCACAAACUUUGAUGAACCAUUGCAGUUACAAGUUCUCAAUGAACAACAAACAAUACAUGGUCCUGUAAAGACAUGGGUUAAUCAUGUAAAAAUUCCAGUAUGUUCACUAAGAACAUUAUUGACACGCUUCCUUGACAUUACAAGUGCACCGUCAAGACAAUUUUUGACUUUCUUAUCAACCUACUGUGAAGAUGAAAACGACAAGCUAAGAAUGAAAAUUUUAGCAACAGAAUCAGCUGCUUACGAAGAUUGGCGUCACAACAAAUUACCACAUUUAUUGGAAGUAUUUGAUGAAUUUGUGUCUUGUAGACCUCCAGCCUCGCUCUUCAUCGCACAUUUAAUGGCACUUCAGCCAAGAUUUUAUUCAAUUUCAUCAUCACAGAGAAAAUAUCCUCAUGAAGUUCACUUGACGGUUGCCGUCGUCAAAUAUAAAACAAAUGAUGGAAAGGCAUCAGAACGUUAUGGCGUUUGUUCAAAUUAUUUGGAAAGUCUUGAUAAGGAUGAUGAAGUGGAAAUAUUUAUACGAAGUGCUCCUGCUUUCCACAUGCCGAAAGAUGUAUCACAGCCAAUAAUAUUAAUAGGACCAGGCACGGGAACAGCACCGUUUAGGAGCUUUUGGCAAGAACUUGAUGAAAUUAAAUUGCAAAACUUGUCACUGAAUGUUCCAAAAGUUUGGCUAUUCUUCGGUUGUCGUACAAAAUCACUUGAUUUGUAUAGUGACGAAAAGCGUGAAAUGGUUGAGAAUGGCAUUUUGAAUAAAGUAUUUUUGGCAUUGUCACGAGAGCCAGGCAUACCGAAAACUUACGUUCAGAAUCUCAUGAUGAAAGAGCAUGGAGAAAUUUAUAAUUUAAUUAAGAACCAAAAUGCCCACGUGUAUGUUUGUGGUGAUGUUCAAAUGGCUGAGAAUGUAUACCAGACAUUGAGAAAAAUAAUUGCAAGCUUUGAAGGACAGACGGAAACGGUUGCUGACAAAUACAUGCUGCAAUUAAGGGAUGAAAAUCGUUAUCAUGAAGAUAUUUUCGGAAUAACACUGAGAACAGCAGAAAUUCAUAAUAAAUCAAGACAAACAGCAAAAAUCAAAAUGGAAUCGAGGUAUGAGUGAAGCGCAACAUUUGGUUGAGCAUCGUAAGAUAUUGGAAAUCUGUGGAAGAAGUUUGAUGGUGGUUACAUGGUAAAAGACACCGAAUUAUUAUAAAAAUAUAGAUAUUGAUACAUUUUAACAAGAAGAUAACUC